AUGUUGGACUCUAUUACAACAUUUAUUAAUAACCCAGAAUAUCAUGACAUUUUAUCUAUUGUCAAGGGGUUUCGUAAUGGUGCCGUCUAUGGUGCAAAGAUAAGAUUACCUCAUGCUUUUGUCAUGACAUUUUUAUUUCGUACUGGAAGUUUUAAGGACAAGUUAUAUUUCAUUUUUGAUGCCACAAAAACGCAUUCAGCAAAUCUGGCUAAAUUUGUUACGAUAUACAAAACUUUGAUGUAUCUACAAAGAAAGAUGGUUGGUAAAGAACAAAAUGGUCAUUCAUUCAUGGCCGGUUUAAUUGGUGGUUAUUAUGUUUUUGGUGAAAACAACAAUGUCAAUCAGCAGUUACCUGUCACUCGUAAAGCGAUGGAUGAACCGAAGCACACAUUUCCAAUAUUUGCAGCUGUGGUUUGGGGUAUUGUUAUGUGGCUUUUCCGUCACGAUCGUGAUAGCUUACAACCUUCCCUGCAAGCUUCUAUGCAAUAUUUGUAUUUAGACUCCGAUUAUUGGAAUUCCAUUAAGAAUUUCUUAUGGCAUAAUAAAUGA